AUUGAUAUAAAAACCGAAAUUGAAAGAGAUGGCAUACAUUAUGAUAAAUAUCUUGAAAAAUUAGAAAGAUUGCGCGAAUUAAAAAUAAAUUUAGCUGGAAAAAGAUACAAUAGUGAAUAUGAAAUGAGAAUGUGGGUUGUCAAAAAAGAAGAACUGGAAGAAGAGAAGGAGGAAUUGAGGACGAAAAAAAAUUCUUGGGAAUUGCAAAUACAAAAACUACAAAACAAAUUAAUAGACACAG